CUGUUCACUUUUAUAGAUGCUUUGCUAAAGGGACCUAAGUGGCAUUGUAUGAUAAUUCAGACUGAAGGCUAUAUUACUAUCCAUUCUGUAUACCUCAUCUGGCAUGAUGCCUUGAAGGUGAUGCACCACAUUUUUGGUAACCUAGCAUUUACCAAAAAUAUGAAGUUUGACCCAUAUGAGAUUUAUAACAAUGAAGAACAAAAAUAUAGUGAAUGA